AAGAAGAAAGAAGAAGAAGAGAAAAUUUUCAAAAAAAGUUCAAAGAAAAUGGGAGCUGCGAAGAAUAAUAAUAAUAUCUGGGCAUUAGCCAACGCCGCCGAUGGAGCUAACGGCAACGACGACGCCGCCGCCGCCGCCGAACAGAUUCCAUAUUCUUCAUCCGUCGUCGAUACGUCUUUACCUCUCCCUCUCAUGAUUCCUCGUAUCAUAGAGUUAUGUAAAGAUCUGUUCAAGAAUUGGAGAGAUCUUGAUGAUUCAGUCUUCUCUGUUGAGAGAGUAUCAGGAGGCAUCACAAAUCUAUUGCUCAAGGUUUCUGUGAAGGAAGAUACUGAUAGAGAAGUAUCUGUAACAGUGCGACUAUAUGGGCCUAAUACAGAGUAUGUUAUUAACCGGGAGAGAGAGAUACUGGCUAUCAAGUAUCUCUCAGCUGCCGGAUUUGGUGCCAAGUUGCUUGGUGGAUUUGGAAAUGGCAUGGUGCAAUCAUUCAUCAAUGCAAGAACCUUAGAGCCAUCAGACAUGAGACAGCCAAAGGUUGCUGCUGAAAUUGCCAAAGAGCUUGGGAGGUUUCAUAAAGUGGAAAUACCAGGUUCCAAGGAACCUCAGCUGUGGUUUGAUAUCUUGAAGUUCUUUGAGAAAGCAUCUACUCUUAGAUUUGAGGAUCCUGACAAGCAGAAGCUCUUUGAGACCAUUUCGUUUGAAGAACUGCGUAAAGAGAUUAUUGAGCUAAGGGAAUUCACAGGCUUACUUAACUCACCUGUGGUGUUUGCUCAUAAUGAUUUACUAUCUGGAAACCUGAUGCUGAAUGAGGAAGAAGAGAAACUUUACUUGAUUGAUUUUGAGUAUGGAUCAUACAACUAUCGAGGCUUCGAUAUCGGGAAUCACUUCAAUGAAUACGCAGGAUACGACUGUGAUUACACCUUGUACCCAAGUAAAGAAGAGCAGUAUCAUUUCAUCAAGCAUUACUUACAGCCAGACAAACCAAAUGAGGUCAGUAUCGCUGAAGUAGAAUCAGUCUUCGUAGAGACAGAUGCGUAUAAAUUAGCAUCUCAUUUGUACUGGGCAAUAUGGGCGAUCAUCCAGGCAAGGAUGUCUCCCAUUGAGUUUGAAUAUUUGGGUUACUUCUUUUUGCGAUACAAUGAAUACAAGAAGCAGAAGCCACUUACCUUUUCACUUGUUAAAUCUCACAUGUCUGCAUCAUCUGUCUAGCCUUUUGACCAAAAUGGUUAAAUCUUUAUUAUAUAUUUUUGGUCGUGUUGUCAUCAAUUCUUGUAAAAUUUGUUUGUGUUGUUAGUAAACCUUGUAUGAUUUGUAUGAAUGAACUUAAUUUGUUGAAGUAGUGGCCCUUUAUAUC